CCGCGGGCGGUGAGAGGCUCUCGGGGUGGGCGGGGAGGAAGGCAGGCCAGAGGGGCGGGCCGGAACCACAAGGCCUGCCCUGCCUUCCCCGGUCCGCCUGAUAAGAAUCGCAGUUCUGAGCUGCAGAGACGCCUGUCUGCUUGGUCCAGAGAACCAGCAUCAUGCCCAUGACACUGGGUUACUGGAAUAUCCGCGGAUUAACUCAUCCCAUCCGCCUGAUCCUGGAAUACACAAACUCGGGCUAUGAAGAGAAGAGAUACAACAUGGGGGAUGCUCCCGACUAUGACAGAAGCCAGUGGCUGAAUGAGAAAUUCAAGCUGGGCCUGGACUUUCCCAAUCUGCCCUACCUAAUUGAUGGAACUCACAAGCUCACCCAGAGCAAUGCCAUCCUGCGCUACAUUGCCCGCAAGCACAACUUGUGUGGGGUGACCGAAGAGGAAACGAUUCGCAUGGACAUUUUGGAGAACCAGGUUAUGGACAUUCGCAUGCAGCUCAUCAUGCUGUGUUACAGCCCUGAUUUUGAGCAAAAGAAGGCAGAGUUCUUGGAGGGCAUCCCUGACAAGAUGAAGCUCUUCUCACAGUUCCUGGGGAAGCUGCCUUGGUUUGCAGGGAACAAGCUCACCUACGUGGAUUUCCUGGCUUAUGAUGUCCUCGACCAGUACCGCAUGUUGGAGCCCAAGUGCCUGGAGGCAUUCCCUAACCUGAAAGACUUCAUAUCCCGCUUUGAGGGCCUGGAGAAGAUCUCUAGCUACAUGAAGUCCAGCCGUUUCCUUCCAAAACCUCUGUUUUCAAAGUUUGCCUUUUGGAACAACAAGUAGGACUGAAUGCCAAGAUGAAAGGAGGAUCUACUGUGCCCUCGUCGCUACCCCUGGUGCAUGCUACAUCCAUGCCUCAGUUUUCUCAUUCCUCUGUUCUUUCUACUCUCUUCUCCUCUGAAAGGCCUUCUCAGCUCCCUUUUUUCUGAUGAUCUCCUCUCCCAGUCAAGUGUCUUGUGUGUCACCUCCCCACUUUUCUUUAUGGAAGCCCCUCCCCUUCCCUGUGCUUGACCUACACUAACCAGACAGUCCUUAAUUCUGAUUUGAGGAGGCGUCCUGCCUCUGUGUUCCACCUCCCUCAUGUGGAAUCUGAUGUACAGGCCCUAUUGUUUUGGGUGCCCCAGCUGUGUGAUCUUCAAUAAAUCCUGAAAAACAA